AAACAAUCGUACAACCCCCCAACAAGUCAUCGGACCUGUCAAUCAAGCGGUCGGCGCCUUUGAAGCCGGGACUCCUCGCCUUGUCUUGGGCUCAAAUGAGCUGUUUGCUGCUGUAGCGAAACAUUGGUCUUCCACCAAGCAGCCAGCCGGGGAACGACGCCACAUCUCAACUUUUUCUCUGCAUGUGGCGGGGCGAACAUUUCCCUACUUUCUCCUGGAGGCGCUCCACACUUGAGGAUACUACUUAACUGAGAAAGUCACUUCUUUAUUCAUACUUUUUUACGUUUUUUAAAAAACAUACUUUACAAGAGGAGGUGGGGGCAAAAAGUCCAAGGUGAGGGAAGUAGUCAUGCCUCAGCUCAGUAGCGGCGGAGGAGACGACCUGGGAGCGAAUGAUGAGAUGAUAGCGUUCAAAGACGAAGGAGAGCAGGAGGAGAAAAUCCAGGAGAACGCCUUCACGGAGCGAGACCUGGCCGACCUCAAGUCCUCUCUGGUGAACGAGUCGGAAAUAAAUCAAAGUCCGACCUCGGCGGCGGUCAGACGGGGACAGCAGGGCGAGCAGAGGGUCUUCCAGGACAAACACCGAGAGCAUCUCGACGGAGUGUCGAAGCAACAAGAUGGAGGCAUGUACAAGUCGCCGGCGUAUCCCGGGUAUCCGUUCCUGAUGCUGCCGGACCCUUACCUCCCCAACAGCUCGGUUUCUCCAUCGUCCAACAAAGUGUCGGUGGUGCAGCAGUCCCACGGGAUGCAUCCGCUGACGUCCCUGCUGCCCUACGGCAACGAGCAUUUCAGCCCCAGUCCACCGCACCUGCCCACAGACAUGAGCCAGAAGACAGGCGUUCACAGGCACCAGUCCCAGGACCUCUCAGGGUACUACUCCCUUCCUCCAGGUGGCGUCGGCCAGAUCACUCCCUCCAUGAGCUGGCAGAGCCAGCCGGUCUACCCGGCCCUGUCCCCUUGUGGAUUCAGGCAGUCCUACUCCUCCAGUCUCCCCAGCGCAUCGUCCUACUCCAGGUUCCCUCACUCUUUGAUGCUCGGACCGUCGGGCGUGCAUCCGACAGGGAUCCCCCAUCCGGCCAUAGUGCCGUCUUCGGGCAAGCAGGAGCAUGAUCAGUACGACAGAGGCUUGUACAUGAAGCCGCAGGUGGAGGUCAAGCGGGAGAAGGAGCCCAAGAAACCGGUCAUCAAGAAGCCGCUGAACGCCUUCAUGCUCUACAUGAAGGAAAUGAGGGCAAAGGUCAUCGCCGAGUGCACGUUAAAGGAGAGCGCCGCUAUCAAUCAGAUCCUGGGACGAAGGUGGCACGCUCUGACCCGGGAGGAGCAGGCCAAGUACUACGAGUUGGCCCGGAAAGAGAGACAGCUCCACAUGCAGCUCUACCCGACCUGGUCUGCCAGAGACAACUACGAGGCGGGCCUUAGCGGGGUCGCAGGGGAAAAGAGUAAAGCUGAUUGGGGCAAGAAGAAAAGGAGAAAACGGGAGAAGCAGCAGGACUCCAACACAGACCCGGGCUCUCCUAAGAAAUGCCGGGCUCGCUUCGGCCUCAACCAACAAACGGACUGGUGCGGUCCCUGCAGAUAACUCUCUCUGACUGUUCCUAGGAGGAAAAAGAAGUGCAUUCGCUACCUUCAAGGAGGAGGCUGCCCCAGCCCAUCUUCUUCAGAUCUAAGUGCUAUAGACUCGCCCCCGUCCCCG